AGCUGUCCCUCCCGGCGGUGCAGCGGAGAUCGGGGAACGUUCCUGCGCCUCGGGAGGAGCCGGUCCUUCCCGACUCCCUGGCCGCGCCUCCGUCGGGAGGGCAGCUAAGGUGUUGGCGUUCAUCGGAAGCGUGGGGUGUUUACAAGAUGUGAGCUGGUUCUCUCCACCUUUACCUACUUGAGGGCUACUUACACCUGAUGGUGACGGGUGCAAGUGCAGACACAGAAGGGCAGGUAUGAAGCCAGUGAAGAAGAAGAAAACUGAAGAGCCGGAAUUGGAGCCCCUGUGCUGCUGCGAGUACAUAGAUCAAAAUGGGGAAAAGAACCACAUGGCUGCUUGUUUGUGUGAUUGCCAAGAUCUGGACGAAGGGUGUGAUAGAUGGCUUACUUGUAAAUCAGUGCAGCCCGAGACUUGUGAAAGAAUCAUGGAUACAAUUUCUGAUCGCCUCCGAAUUCCUUGGCUUCGAGGAGCCAAAAAAGUUAACAUUAGCAUCAUUCCUCCACUUGUCCUUCUGCCUGUCUUCCUUCACGUGGCUUCCUGGCAUUUCCUGCUGGGGGUAGUGGUGUUGACCUCCCUGCCUGUGCUGGCACUGUGGUAUUACUACCUCACUCACAGAAGGAAAGAACAGACUCUGUUUUUCCUGAGCCUUGGACUGUUCUCACUGGGCUACAUGUACUAUGUGUUUCUGAGGGAGGUGGUCCCCAAAGGGCACGUGGGGCCCACUCAGCUGGCUGUUCUUACCUGCGGGUUAUUCCUGAUACUCUUCGCCUUGUACAGAGCCAAGAAGAAUCCAGGCUACCUCAACAAUUCCGCAAGCAAUGACAAAUCCAUAAGCAGUAGCCAAAUCGAAUGCCUGAACAAAAAAGGGCAGGAGCAGACCAAAGGGUUCCCUGGAGCAGAUGCAUCCAGAAGUCUCAACAAUCGCAUGCCAAAGGAUGAGCUUGCCGGCUCCUCCCGCAUGGUGGCUGGAAGCCCCACCAAGGCAAAGGAGGACUGGUGUGCUAAGUGUCAGCUGGUGAGACCUGCUCGGGCUUGGCAUUGCCGCAUCUGUGGCAUCUGUGUGAGGAGAAUGGAUCAUCAUUGUGUCUGGAUAAAUAGCUGCGUUGGAGAAUCGAAUCAUCAAGCAUUUAUACUUGCCCUUUUGAUCUUCCUGCUCACUUCUGUUUACGGGAUAAUGCUGACCUUGGACACCAUUUGUAGAGAUAGAAGUGUCUUCAUAGCUCUCUUCUAUUGUCCUGGAGUUUAUGCAAAUCACAGUUCAGCUCUGUCCUUCACCUGCGUGUGGUACUGUGUGAUCAUCACAGCAGGCAUGGCCUACAUCUUCCUGAUCCAACUGAUCAACAUCAGCUACAACGUGACCGAGAGGGAAGUCCAGCAGGCCCUCCGGCAGAAGACCGGGCGUCGCCUUCUUUGUGGGCUCAUUGUGGACACAGGCCAGUACAACAGGGGCUUCCUGCGGAACUGGCACCAGUUCUCCACCCUGGGUACACACUCUUGCCCCCACCCUGCUGAGGACAUUGUCUGAAGUGCCUUCCGUGGCUCCGGUGGAUAGCUCUUCCCUCUGUUCCUAUCCAUUGUACACUUCAGUGUCUACGCAGGGCGUGUGUUCAUCCUCCCCCCACCCCUUUUCGUAUAGGCAUUAUUGGGCCAUGCUCAGGUUUGGAGACCAGACUGGAGAGAAAUUCAAUUUUUCUGACUUCAUAACUUCCACAAGAUUUUUAUAUUGAAGCAGUAAAAUGAGAGCCAUUCCUUUUCCAGGCACUUUAUUGACUCAGCCACUGGAAGUUGAAAAGGAUGUGGAUUGCUAAUGCACAAAUUGAUAGAAGCAAUUCCUGUCCAUUCAUAUGGGGGAAAGAGUUUUGGAUUAGGAUAGUUUCUAGUCCCUCUUUCAAUUCUUAAUAGCCAUGUGACCCUCGGUGGUGUCACUUUCCCGAGUCUCAGGUUCAUCUGUCAUGUGGAUACGGCUGCCUUCCCUGGCUACCUCAUAGAGCCGUGGGAAGGGUUGCACGAUGGUCACAUGAGCGUCAAAUGAAGGAUGUGGGAAGUACCAUAAGGCAACUCAAGUACCCACAGGCACCAGAGGCAAGUAUUAUUAGGAAAAUCCUAGACUGAAGAAAAAGGUUGUAGGUCAGAAUAUUCCAGCCUAUAUCGUUGAUAAUCAGUUUUCAGCAUACACCAUGUUGUACAGCUAUGGGACUUUGUCCUUUAGUAUUGGACAUUAAUACUCACACAAAGGGAGGUGACAACUAGAUGGUUUGAUGCUAAUCAUCUGAUCUUCAAAGGACAAUUAUAGUAGUGAUAAAAAUGACCAGUGUAAUACAUAGUAGUUGGGAGUUUAGAUAAGGGGUUCUUACAUUUAUUACUUUUGUAUGUGUUUCUGUUUUUCCUGUGCCUAACUCAAGCAAGCACUGAUUUUUUUUCUUCUCUUUCCAUGUUUCACCUGGUAAGGUGCUAGCACACUUGUGGCAGUGGCUGGAAGAGGAAUAGACAUUUCGUAUGAGAACACUUUACUUUCUUUUCUGGGUGGGGAUGUUAAUAUCAAGGGCUUGAUUUUUUUAUUAUUCCUAUAAGUAUUUCAAAUUAUGUCAGUUUUGCAAAACUCAGUGUGUGGCAUUCACAUUAUUCUGGCAUGAACUUUCUCUAAGGAAUUGAUACCUUCCCAUUUUCCUUGCACAUUUCUUCUCAUUCACCCUUCCUACAUACAUGUGUGUCACUAGGAGAGAAAAAAACAGGGUAUCCCUCAUUCCCAGUAAUCAUUGUUCUCCCUUUGCUCUUCCCCCAAAUACAACGUUGCUUCCUUAAAUACAUAUCAAAACUGAACAAUGUGAAAGACUAAGUACUUCUAUAGAAUGGGUCAGGUUCAGACAGGGAAGACAUCUUGAAAUGUUUGGUGUUCUACACAUACUCUAAUGUAAUCCCAAAGAUAAUUCAUGAGUCCUUAAAUUUGCCUUGGCCUGCUGUUAAAUACAGGGGAAAUAUUGGUAGCUUUUUCCAUCAUUCUGUGCAUAUUCUAUUUAUAAAUGCUGAGGAAAUACUAAUACUUAGUGCAUUUCUGCCUUUGGCAGCUACUGUCACUCUCAGUCUCUCCAUCAAUGCUCUCUGUCCUUAAGACAGUUGCCAUGUUUUCAUUCAGGCUUGUCAUUGCUCUCCCCGGAGGGGGAUUGUUUAAUAAGUGAUAGGCUUCAUAUUCUACUGGGAUGAGCCCAAGAACAAGCCUGGGGAUGUGGGCAGAUGCUGUGGUUUCUGCAGUGAUGCCCUCUCUCCCUGGACCAAAGUCAGAUAUUCAUUAGAAUUAAAGUUGGCUCCGCUAGUACUAAUUUCUGCUGCUGUAGGUUUUAGAUAAGAAUGAUAGCAACGAUGUCAAGGAUAGUGUAUGUGGGCAGAAAUUGGUAGUGUUCAUGUCUCUAAAAUGCCAGCUAUAGAACAAACUCUUGUCUAGCAAUUGAUCAUAAAAUUCAUAGAAACACUAGUCAGCAAUUACAGCUUGUCAAAUCUUUAAUAACAAUCCAAGUGUGAUGUGAGGAUGACUAGUACAGAGGCCGAGAGUCACUGGUGAGCACUGGGAAUGAUGUCAGCAGUCACCUGGAUGGGGCACUUCAAGUUUCCCUCACUUGGGAGGGGACAUACAGUGGCAUGGCUCAUUGAGAACUUGUCACAGAAGGAAGCUCAAACCUGUAGAAGUGUUGGUGUUCAGCCUGCUGAAGUGUGUGUACCUAAGAGAGCAGCAGAAACAGGGCUGUCCGUGAGCAGUGCUCCUGUAAGGCAUCCUUGUUGUAUCCUACCCUUCUCAUGAUCGGGAAUUACUUGCUACAGACCUUGGUUCUCUCCAGAGGACAAGACAUGACUUGGGAGACAUUGAAGGGAUUAGGCCUCUGUGAAUGGGUUGUCCUUGAGAAACAUAGGUGGUAGAAGUGUAAACUGCACUGAGGUUUAGAAACAAGGUACCCCUUCCCCAUGUGAUUUCAAACAAGCAGGUCCCUGUCUCUCACUCCACAUCUUCAGCCUCUGUGUUAGGAAGCACACUGGAAAUGGAGCUUAACGAAGGAGCCAUUAUAUCCUGACAUUAUGGCUACCCAUUGUGUACUUUGCUGGGGAAGUCGGAGAAGAGAAAGAUGAAGGAUCAGGGUUGCAUGAAAAGGGAACAUUUCAAUAUCAGGAGUUUCUCUAAGGAUACUUUUUAAGUUCUCUGUGGUUCUGGCUAGGUGCUCCUGACAUGAGCAGACUUGACCACACCUCUGAUAGGUUACUCUGCUGCCAAAGCAAAGCCUUUUUAUGUGCUUUUGUGACAACAUGCUGCUUGUUUUGCUUCAGAUACACAUUUGUGUUUAGUAUAUUAUAGCUCUUAGCUCUUGGUAACUAGGGUUUUCUUGUCGUCUUCCAUUGUACUUCCUACCUAGAAGAAAGAUCAUUGUAAACAUUCUCUUAUGCAAUGGUCCUUGGUACUGAUAAUAGUUUUAGUAAGAGAAAAUUUUCUCUACUAGAAUCUUCUACUGCCAGAGAACACAAUGCCAGUAAGAUUCUGCAUAAUACUGAUCAUAUGCUUAACAGACUUUACUCCCUUUGAGUAAGACAUUAGUUUUGUAUUAUGAAGCUCAACUAACUGGAGCAAAAAUACAGCAUCUAGAAGCACAGUUCCAACCGGCUUCAUAUCUGUGAAACUUAAGAGUUGUCCCUUUACACUGGAUGAGUAGGUUUGUAUAACUUAACUUCCUUGUAGCCAUAUUUUAGUACCCUGCAUUUUGAAGAGUAGAAUUUUCUCAAACAAGCAGUGGAUGAUAAGACUUCUGCUGGAGGCACCUGCCUGGCAUCUGGCGUGUCAGCAGCAUCUCGACAAUUGUGCAUCUUAUAUUAAACACUGCGAAGGCGACGCAGGAGAGAAUGAAAGCCAUGCGAAACUUCAUACAGAAUAAAAUUCAGUAUGUUCUUGUG